UAAUGUAGAAUAUUUACAUUUACCUUCACGUUAUUGGCUCAGGGUGGUGCCACCAAUGUUCAUCAUCAGAAAUUUCCAUCCCCCAUCUGCCAACACCCCAUUUCAUUUCUUUCGGUAUCGAUGAUAAGGAAUCAUAACACGCCAAUGGGUUUAACAAGUUUCAUUUACCUUCAUAUGUGCAACCAUCCUAUUUCAGACACAAACACGAACAUUUCCAUUUGUCAUUGCUUUGCUGAAUUUAUUCUCUUAUGAGGUACACUUUGAAUAAGACUGUCUGAGUAUUGACUCACAGAGAGAAGAAUGAAACGCUCUUUAAUCACUGCAUUAAGAGGGUGUUUGCAAAAUGAUAAGAGUUGUGACUGGCUGUGCAUUUGGCACCCAUGAAACACUUAAUUACACUUAGUUUCACUAUUUGUGACACAUUUUUGUAUUCGUUAUUCGUGUUCAUACAAGUUCUGUUAAGAUAUUGUAUAGUUGCUGUACCUCCAUGCCUAAUUCAUCACACAAUUGUUGUUAACUGGAUGUAGGUCCGUGUGUGCGUGUCGGUUUGGAUAUUCUUCUUUGUGAAAGGAGUUAUGACCAUAUUUGGGUAGUUGGUAAACAGUGAAAGGUGUAAAGGCACCUGGUACCCCUGUCUCCACUUCAAAUUACAGAGCAUGCGCAGAAACCAAUUUAUUAAGCAGCCCCACCCAAUAGAGCAUUAGGGUUUUUUGUUCUUGGUUUUUCUUUUUGCCUCUUCUUGUUUUACCUCCCCUGACUCCAUCGCCUUCACUGCUGAGAAAGUAAGUCGCUCGAAGAAGACCCAUCACCAUGGCCCUCACCGCACUCCAAACGGGUGGUUUUGUUUUGGGCAUUCUUGGUGUCGCGGCCCUCAUCGCCGCCACCGCCAUGAACAACUGGAGCACCGAGGACCGUCAGGGGGACGUGGUGACCUCGGUCUACACCUACAAGGGGCUCUGGAGGAACUGCGAGGUGGCCACCUCGGGCUUCACCGAAUGCCGCCCUUUCUAUGGCCUCUUGGGAUACUCAGGUUCUUUCCAAGCCGUGAGAGCCCUGAUGAUCGUGGGGAUUGUGAUGGGGGUCAUCAGUGUUCUGAUAGGCCUCUUCUCCCUCAAGUGCAUCAAAAUGGGGAGCAUGGAGGAUACCGCCAGGGCCAAGAUAACCCUGACCUCUGGAAUCAUGCUCAUCCUGGCAGGUAUUUGUGGCAUAGCUGGAGCUUCUCUUUACGCUAACCAGAUCGUGGCCAGCUUCAUGCAGUCGAUGUACUACCCCAACAACGGAGGCAUGGGGGGCAUGGGAGGGAUGGGAGGCAUGGGUGGAGGAGGAAAUCUCAUCCCAAGAUACACAUUUGGACCCGCUCUGUUUGUGGCCUGGAUUGGAGGAGGUUUGGUGAUAAUCGGCGGGAUCCUGGAUUGCGUUGCCUUCAAAGGACUUCUCCCGGAGAAGGAGAGCUAUCGAAACGUGCAAUACAAAGCUCCCCCUCGCAGUGAAGCCACCAUUGUGCACGAGGACAACAGCAGGAGAGAUCAGAAAUAUGUCUAAGGAAAAACUCCUGUCUGUAGUUAUUUGUUUCAUAUCAUCUCAAAGGUUUAAGGUUAUGUGAUGUUCAUGAUUUUUCAUAUUUUGGUGAAUAAUAGCUUGUUUUUAAUAUUCAUUCCAAUUGCUUUUGAUUUUUUUUUUGUAUUGUACAUUGUUUAACUCAUUAGCUUAAUAUUUGUAUAAAAGAUAGCAACUAACUGUCAUAUUUCAUUGAUCAGCAUCAAGUAUUUGCAGGGUAUAUCUGAGUUCGGGGUUUAGAAGGAUAGUCCGCAAUUAAAGGAUAAUCUACAAUGUGAUGAAGUAUUUUGUCACAUUUAACUUCAGUAAGAUAAGGACCAGUGGCUUAUGACAAAAAGACAAUAACGGAUGAAUAGCCAUAGAAGUUAGAGUCAGAAUGAUCCAUCUGCACAAAAUUCAGUGUGUACGUUCUGAGCGUUCUCUUGCAUGUCAUUUGUUAAGGGCUUAUUGGAGAACAUGUGUUCUUGCCCAUGUGGACGUUGGCCAUUAGGGGGCACUAAAACCCUGAGAUACGUGCAGCACCAUAUCAAUUACAUGUUCACAGGUAGCAGGAAAACCAAUAUUGGUGCACAACCUUCAUCUGAUUGUCCUACAUGCUGAAAAUUGGUUUUUGGUCAAAUUUGAAAGGUGUAUAGGUUCUGCAUUGCCAUCAUAUCAGCUUGAGUUCCAUUGAAUUUAAGCAGCUCAAAUUAGUCAUUAAAAAAGUUAAAUGAAAUUAUUAGAGACGCACCGGAUCCAAGAUCAGGUUCCGCCAGGAUAAUAGGGUUUUUCACAGGAUCCGGGUCCGACGGGAUCUUAAGCAGUGGAUCCGGUAGGAUCCUAAAAAUCAUGAUCUGGUGCAUCUCUAGUUUUUACGUAGCCUAGGCUUUUCAGUCAGUCUUUCACAACCCCAAUCGCUGCAUGGGGUGAAAGCCCUUUGGAAGCGGCCGUUGCAGGCAGUGUGGCAGUAAGCCAAUGAGUCUAAAAAAAACUGUUUGGGCCAACGUAAUAAAAGGGCCCACGUGUGCGAGUAGGCUUUGUGUUUACCUUCAACCCUCUCGUGGGAUCCGGUAUCCGGCAGGAUCCUAAAAAUCAGGAUCCGGUGCAUCUCUACAAAUUAUUUAAGUUGUUCUAAACCCUUUGUAUGUACAUGCGAGUGAAUGUACUUU